AUGAAUUUUAUCCACACACAUUUUUUUUCUCCUUCUCCGUUGACACAUAUAGACAGAGUAUGUGACGAUUAUCAGCGCCAAGUGCAAGACAAAGCAUGGCAAUUACAGAACGAUAUACGUGAGUGGAGAGAAAAUACUGUAAAACAAAUUAAUCAACAUACUGAUGUACAAAUACGACUAUUAGAAACAUGGAAGUACAAUACUCUACGUCGUAUUCAGGAAGAAAAAAGCGUGUAUUCGGAUUGGAUUAUUGUUUAUUCGGAGAAGAAAGACGAUAAUGAAGUAAAAAAUAUUAUUAGACUUUAUGAAAGUUUAAAAUAUAAACUGGAAGAACUAACAUAUGAUAUGAAACCAUCUGUCUUUUUUCCCUAUGCUCCAUCAAGUGAACAACAACAACAACAACAACAGCAAUCGCAAGCGACUAAGCAAACCGAUCAGCUUUACAACUCGACACAUAAAACAGGUCAGCAGUUAUCUACACGUACGUCGAAUGAUAUUAGUAAUUCUAGACAAUCAUUGACACCGUCAACAACAACAACAACAACCGAUGAAACAAGUAACACCAAAUCUCGUUUUAACCAAGAAUCAGAUUUUAUAAAUCAAAAACAAAGAACGUUAGUAUUAUUAUAA